AUGCCACCAUCGCCCAGCAGGCACAGGCAGGAGGCCGUGUACGCCUUCCAUAUGGCCUGCCAACAAUGUAUCCACCCAGAUCAACAUCAACAACUCCUCGAGGCCCUUCAAGCCUUCCUGAGACUCAGAUCGUUUGACAAGCUUGCGGAGGUGACGCUUGAUGUGCUGCCAACGCGAGAGCUGCGGGCGCAGGUGAUUCCGCCGCUGCUGGACCUGAUCCCAGCACGCGACGGCGUGCGUCUGCAGUCCACCCUCAAGCGGCACCUCGCGCAGCGGCUCAAGGCAAGCCGCGGUGUGGGCGGUAUGCUGGGCGCCAUUCGACCAACCACCAGCCAGAGCAGCCGCGUCCACACCCACGAUUGCGCAGACAACGGCGCCGGUAGCGGCAGCCCACGUCGCCGCGGGUUCUCGCUGUCUCUCGGUCGUCGCCGCCGCCACCAGCGGGGUGCACGAGGGAGCACCAGCACGACAGCGAGCGACCGCACGAGCACGCUGGGCAGCCUUGGCACCAGCAUCAGCAGCGACAGCACGGUGUCGCGUGGGCGGUCGUACACGCUAGACAGCAGCGCCAGCAGCCGCAGCAAGCACACAUCCACCAUGCGACGCCUGCUCUCGCUCAGCACGAGCAGCAGGGGAACAAACGGAGCCCCAAAGCCGCGACGCGUCAAGGUGCAGCGUGACAAAUACGGUACGCUGGGCUUCAACAUGCGCGGCGGGGCUGAGUUUGGCGUCGGCCUCUACGUCAGCAAGGUUGACAAUGGCGGACCGGCAGCGCGGGCGGGCGUGCGCAUCGGCGAUGAGAUUGUCUCUGUCAACGGAACAGCUGUGCAAGGGUUGAAGCACAAGGAGGCGGUGCAGCUGUUCACGGGAACGAAGAAGCUGAAGCUCGUCGUCAUCAGCACGGGCCGCGUUCCUGAUAAAGUCAACGUUCAGGAGUCGUUCGAGUGGCUCCAGGCCGCAGGCGUGUGCGACUCUGUGUGUCUGCACAAGGUCGCCACCGGCCCCGUGCCCGGCACCGUGCAUGGACCAACAGACGAUCUUGGUGAUAUUGAACUUCGUCGCGUCAACUUCCAAGUCGGGCCCAAAGGCAUUGGCAUGAGCAUCUGUGGCGGGCACGACCAGGGUGUUGGGAUUUACAUCUCCGCCGUUGAUGUGGACGGCAUCGCGGCGCAGCACAACCUCAAGCCCGGUGACCAGCUGUGCGAUGUGAAUGGUGUCGACUUUGACCUGCUGACACACGCGGAGGCCGUGAAAAUCCUCACGGGGAGCGAGCACCUGUUCAUGACAAUCAAACCCGGCAAAUACGUGCCCAGGCACCGAUAUGUCAUGGACACAACAGAGUGGAUCGCUGUUGAGAACAAUGGCAACAAGAACAGCAGCAACAGCAUUGGGCAGUCGCUGCGGGCGAUGGUCCGUGGUGGCACAACAACCACGUCAACAUCCUCAUCAUCGUCCGCGUCUCGAAUUGUGACGCGGACGUCCAGCAGCAGCCCCAGCCGCACGACAGCGCUCUCCUGCACGGGCGUGACGGCCUCGCCACCACUGCACUCGCGCGCGCCCCACGGCAACAACGGCAACUUGGCUCGUGUGGACGGCUAUGAAGAGGGGCGAGGAAGAGGUGGUGUCAGCAAUGGCAUUCACCGUGGCGGCAGUGGCGGCGGUGGUGGUGAGUGGUCAAACAAGUCCCUUCGCGGAGGGGUUGACGGACAGACACAUGCGCGGCCGCACCAGGCGCUCAUGGCACAGCACCUGCUCUCGCUUGGACGCGAAACCAACGUGGAUGCCAUUAACACGCUGCGCAAUGGCGGUAUUGGCCAUGGUGGUAAUGGUGAUGGUGAUGGUGAUGAUGUGAGAGCGGGGCGGCCGCGGUCGUACACGGCGCCAAGCUCAUGGCACCGCUACCACGACGAGACAGAACUUGCCGCCGGGCCCGUCACGAUCCCCGACGCCAACGCACAGGGACGGGCUGCUGGUACAGGUGUUGGUGACCGUGGUGGUGGUGGUGGUGAUGGUGCGGGUGGCAACCACCCUGCAGUCACCGCCAAUGACCCUGCGAACCAUCGUGCCAACAACUCCAAUCACAACAGCAGCAUCAACAGUCAUGCCAGCGGUGCUGGUCACGAUGGGUGCAACACCAACACCAACAGCAGCGCCACCAACAACAACAGCAGCGCCACCAACAACAACAACAACACCAACAGCGGUGCGGUUGAUGUGGAGGCGAGGGCAGAGGAGGCACGCCGCUCGUUCUUGCAGCAGCAGCGUGAGAGCUUUUACGGCUUUGACAGCCCGCCGCCGCCAGCAACAACAACAGCAGCGAGUAGAAUGUCGGGCAAUGCUGAUGCGUUUGAUGACUCUGUCGUGUUGCGGCGCAACAAGCCAACUUUCGACCGAUCGUCACGAGCACUGAGCACAACCUCUGCGUCGUCGUCGCUGUCGUUUCUGGACCGCACCAUCGCCAUUGCGCAGGAGUGGGCGAGCCAGGCACCAACCAUUACCGAGGAGGACGAGGUGGUGGAGGGCGAAGAAGAACAGGGACAUGGGGGUACGCUGGGUGGUGCAACCAGGGAUGCGACUGAGCGCACGGGUGCUCAGGCGGGCUUGAGUGGUGGCGCGCCUCGCAGUGUUGACGAUCUUGCGCAUGCACAGCACGGCGAUGGCGAGUGUGAUAUGCGCAUGCUGACGGUUGCCAAAGGGAGUAAGCCGCUGGGGCUGGUUGUUGCUGGCGGGUGUGAUGUGGCCAAGACGGGCGGACGUGUGCUGGUGCACAAGAUGACGGCUGGUGGCGCUUUUGCUGAGCUUGGCGAUGAGGAGGUGCAAGUUGGGGAUGAGGUGUGUCUUGUGAACGGCCGCUCGCUUGCCGGGUUGACGCACAAGGAUGCUGUGCAGGCGAUUGUUGCCGCUUUACAAGACACGGGCACCACAUCCAUCACCUUUGGCCUGCGCAGGCUCGCCUCCAGUGACCUCUGA